CGGAUCCUUAGUUCCAGGAUAGAGUAGGGGACUAUAAUACUGAAACACAAAAAGCAAUGAAGCUCAAUAUUAGGUGUUUAGUUUCCAGCGUCAACUCUUUAGAGCUGCCAGAGUCGGAGGUCAUAGAGAAGGAAGUACAAAUAGCAAAUCCGCGAGCGACGUUGCUCCAGCUUCGGGCCACGGCUGCUGUCCAGUUUCGGCUAAAUGCAUACGGCUUUACUAUGAUCUAUUGUGGUGAAAAGACUGUGAAUCUAUCAGAUGAAAAAAAGCUUCUGGUGGAUUGUGGUCUAGAGGAAGGCGAUUCGAUUGUGCUUAUUUCCAAACAUUUGCGAUCCGAAAACAGCUGCAUGCGCGAGAAUGAAAUGAAAAAGGAUCAACCUCCUUUUUCGGACACACUACCACCUCUUAAAGAAGCUCGUUUGGAACUUCAAGAACCUAAGCCACAAAUAACGGAUGCAAUUGACACUGCCGAUUCUCUCUCUUCUGCUAUUUUGCCGACAGAAGUCUCAACAACACUUCAGAAUGCUCUGGAGUCAUCCGUGAGUGGAAAUGAAGAUAAUAAUGACGAUUCGAGCAUUGGUAGCGAGAACGAUGAUCUGGCGAAUAGCUUAGAGAGUGGUGAAAGCAGCAAUGGUUCUUGUGAACUCUACAGCCGCCUUUUGGAGAUAGCACCCAACUUGGUUGAAAUGCGUGAUAGCUUCCUCGCUGACCCUCGUGCUGUUUUGGAGCGCGUGAAGGUUGAGGAUCCCACGUUGUCUAAGCUAAUCGCCGAAAACCAAGAAGAAUUUCUUUAUUUAAUCAACAACCCGUCGCUUGUGCAGACACUUCAGGCGGAGAAAGAAAUCCAAUAUACUGAUGAUCUUUUUAAUGACGAGGAGAUCGAAGAGAUACCUGAGGAAUUUUUGGAUCUCUUCGAUGAAGGUGCUCUAGAGGAAGGAGAUGAAAUUAUCGAGAACGUCAAUAUAGAUUCACGAGAAUGUGAUAAAGAAAGCAUUUUGGCGUACGCUCCUUCUGAAGACGAUGAAAAAAAAAUUCAACAACUCGUUUUACUUGGUUUCAGUUAUGAACAAUCCAAGUUGGCGUUUUAUCGCUGUUUACGAAGCCUGGAGAGGGCAGCAAAUACGCUGUUUGAGAAUCCACCAGAGUUAUAAAUGAGUGAUAAAAUUGAAAUCAAAUAGAGAACGUAAAGGGACAAAUAAAGAAAUAUAGGGCAGAAGCUAAUCCUCCCUCUAACAAACGACUGUAAGAGUACAUAACUACAGGGAUUGUAGUUUUAUUCAAGGUAUUCAACCUUGUUAGUCAAUGUUGUUGUGUCUAAGUUAUAUAAAUUAUUUAUUUCUUUUUAAAAUUUCUGUGUUUAAAGAAGAAGAUUGGGUACAUAUUCUUCUCUACAAUGAUUGUCUUCUUUAUCUCUCCUCAAGAAGCGAACGCUAAGCAGGGGAGGGGUCAGGCGUA